CGGCGACGUCACUUACCGAAAUGCGGAAGAGGACGUCAUCGUAAAAGCUGUGAGUUGGAAGGUCUGUGAAGUGUGAUGAAAUAAGAGCGAUACUGCCUGAAGCUUGAAGAUGUCGUGGAUAAGGGAGAGUGAAUUAAGCCUGCUUCAGAAGAUAGCCGCCAAUAUCCUCAAGGCAGGACCAAUGCCUAAACAUGUGGCCUUCAUCAUGGAUGGGAACCGCCGUUUUGCCCGCAAGAAGAAUGUGGAGCGUCAGGAGGGGCACAUGCAGGGCUUUAACAAGCUGGCAGAGACACUCUGCUGGUGCCAGCACUUGAACAUCCGAGAGGUCACAGUUUACGCCUUCAGCAUUGAGAACUUCAAGCGGGCUAAAGCCGAGGUGGAUGGGUUAAUGGAGCUGGCCAAGCAGAAGUUCACCAGGCUGUUAGAGGAACGGGACAAUCUGGAGAAGCACAGUGUGUGUAUCCGGGUGCUGGGGGACUUGACCAUGCUGCCACUGGACCUUCAGCAGCUUAUCGCCAAAGCAGUGUUUGAGACCAGGACUCACAACAAAUGUUUCCUGAAUGUGUGUUUUGCCUACACCUCGAGACAUGAAAUCACCAAUGCAGUCAGGGAAAUGGCCUGGGGAGUGGAGCAGGGCCUCAUCAAAUCAAGUGAUGUGUCGGAAGCACUGCUGAGCAAGUGUCUGUACAGCAAUAAUUCUCCCAACCCUGACCUGCUCAUCCGCACCUCUGGAGAGGUGCGCCUUAGUGACUUCCUCCUCUGGCAGACCUCCCACUCGUGUCUAGUGUUCCAGUCAGUUCUGUGGCCGGAGUAUUCCUUCUGGAACCUGUGUGAAGCCAUUCUCCAAUAUCAGUUUAAUUACAGAUCCAUUCAGAAAGCCAGAGACCUCCACCGAGAGGAGCAGGAGCUACAGCAGCUAGAGGCCGACCGUGCCUGUGUAGCAGAGGUCCUGCAGCAUCAUGGGAAUGGAAAGCCGGCUGAUGCCCAGAGAAGACAGGAGGCAUUGCUGCACUACACUGCCUGCCGAGAGGAGCGAGUUCAGGACUUCCUAGAAGCACUUAAGCACAAGAGAGACUCUUUCUUCACUGAUUUAGCCAGCCAAGCCGUCCUGGCCUAGGGAAGCUGCAGAGAAUAGACCCCAUGUCUGAGUGGGGAUAUCCCCUCUCCUUUCCUCUUCCGAAAAGGGCUUCUGUGGAAAAGGGAAGAGUGAACCAGAAAUGGCUUUUUGUAUUACUGAUUUAUACAAAGACGAGAGGGUAAUUUUACCCCUAUGGGGCUGUAGUACAAUGGGGAUAUUUAUGUUUGUAGAUAAAAACAAAGUCUAAUAAAAAGAAAUGCCUGGUCAAGAUAGCUUAAUAAUAAAUAAGUUGUGUAAGUUAUGUCAAGUGCAUGCUAUUGAUUGGAAGAUCUGGUUCUGUAAGCCAAGGGCCCUGUCUUUGUGAGGCAUUUUCCAAAGCAGGUGGCCAGAUAAAUAUAAAUCAGUACCACUUUGUAUAUUUAUUGUGGCCCAAAGAACGCAGUCUGUGUUGUUUGUUGAGUCUGAUGAUGAUGAUCUAAAAACUAUAUUUUGACCAGCUUUCUUAGUCAGAAUAAAGUGAUUAGAUGUAUGUCAAUGUCA